AUGACCACCACUUACAAACGGACAAUUCUAAUCACUGGAGCAACUGACGGAAUCGGAAAACAAACGGCGUUGGACCUCGCUGCUCAUCCAGAUAAUUUUGUGAUCAUUCACGGAAGAACCGAAGAGAAAUGUAUUGCGACCAAAGAAUGGAUCGGGAAGGAGAAUGGAAACAGUUCAAACAUCGACUAUGUGGCAGGAGAUUUCGCAGUUCUGAAAGAGGUCGCCAUCAUUGCUGAAGAGGUCGAACGUCGAUUCCCAGAACUCAAUAUCUUGUUGUGCAAUGCUGGGGUACUGUACCCGCGGAGACUGGAGACCAAAGAUGGAAUGGAGUCCACUUUUCAGGUCAACUACCUCGCCCACUACCUUCUCUGUAACCUCCUUCUCCCAGUUCUCAGCCACAAUCGAUCAAAUGUAAUUGUAGUUGGCAGUGUACUUCAUACGUGGCCAUCGUUGGAUUGGGCAGAUGUGAUGGCUGAAAAAGAAUACGAGAAGUAUCUACAGUACUCAAGAUCUAAAUUAAUGUGUCAUCUGAUGGCUUUCGCUCUUCAUCGAAGAAUGAAUAUCGCUCGACAACAUGUCAAUGUGAAUAUUAUCGAAUUGGGAAAGGAAAAAGAGUCGAACAAUAAUGGGAAAUUACGCACCACAUCUGCCCUCUCUUCUUCAAUGUCCACAUUAUCCAUUUGUCGUCAGGCUGGAAAUCUUGCUCAACUAAUCGAAGGUCCCUGUCUGGAAAAGAUUUCUGGAAAGUAUUUGGAUCCGAGUGGAAAACAAAUGAGAAGCGGCUCUGACGCCACCGAUGAACGUCUUCAGGAGCGUCUUUGGGCUUAUUCAAAAGAGCUUUGUCAUGAUUACAUGUAA